GGAGACGAAACUACAUAAACCUUGACGACUUUCUUACUGUACGGCAGUGACGUGAGAGGUGCGUCUCCGUGGUAACCCAGUGGGCCCUCGACUCCACUCCAGCUGCAGCAGCAGGGAGGGUGAAGGAGAGGCACUAGCGCUCAAGCCAGUUCGACGAGUUCAAGGUUUCCUCUCUCUCGCUGACAGCCUGCCUGCCAGCUCCAGACAGCCGGGCAUAACAGGCGAGGAAAAACAGCGGUUCUGUGGCGGAAAGCCUCUCCUAACGGUGGCAAAAUGUUGAACAUGUGGAAAGUGAGGGAGUUGGUCGACAAAGCGACCAACGUUGUGAUGAACUACACUGAGAUCGAGUCGAAGGUUCGCGAGGCCACCAAUGACGACCCCUGGGGACCCUCCGGACAGCUGAUGGGGGAGAUAGCCAGGUCCACCUUCAUGUAUGAGCAGUUCCCUGAGGUGAUGAACAUGCUGUGGACCCGCAUGCUGAAAGACAACAGGAAGAACUGGAGACGAGUUUACAAGUCCUUGUUGCUGCUUGCCUACCUGAUCAGGAACGGUUCGGAGCGCGUGGUGACCAGCGCCAGAGAACACCUGUACGACCUGAGGUCUAUAGAGAGCUACCACUGCACAGAUGAGAAUGGUAAGGACCAGGGCAUUAACGUGCGCCAGAAGGUGAAGGAGCUGAUUGAGCUGGUGCAGGAUGACGACCGGCUGCGGGAGGAGAGGAAGAAGGCCAAGAAGAACAAGGAUAAAUACAUCGGAGUGUCAUCGGAGAACUCAGGAGGAUUCAGAUACUCGGACGACUCUGAGCGCGGUGGUCGUCGUUGGGAUAACGACUUUGAGCAGAAGGGGGCGUUUCCCUUCAGUGAGAAGGUGGGAGAGAUCAGUGGGCGCAUCGGGAACACCAUCGAGGACACCAUCAGCAGAUUCAGAAAUAACAAGCCACGAGACAACUCACCUGACCGAUACAGUGACACGGAGGAGGAUCGUGAGCGUGGGGGGCGUGGCCAGUCGAACGGCUCAGCCAAUCGGGGCGAGUUCCGCGACCGCGAGGAUGCCGAGGAGACCGUCACCACCAAGAGCGUCCAGAUCGUCCAGGCGACGGAAACCACGGCAACCAGGAAGAGGGGGGGCGUGCCCUCUAAAAAGGUGGACCUGGGGGCGGCGGCCAGCUACACAGGAGACGCAAGCCCCACCCAGACACAGAAGGCAGCAGAGCCGGCCAGCCAGCCGUCAGCAGGACUAGUGGACCUCUUCGCAGCUGAACCCACACACACACCCAGCCAACCCACACCAGAUCUGUUUGCAGACUUCGGCUCAGCUGCAGCCACAGCAGGCCUCUCCACAGCAACCGCCCCUGCCGGAGAUUUCGGCGAGUGGAACGCGUUCCCAGACGGCGCGCCUCCCACCCAAGCCCCUCCCACGUCCGCGGUCGACCUCUUUGGCUCCGCCCCUGCGGCCUCUGUACCUGCCGUGACCCCUGUGACCUCCGCGCCCUCCAACGACCUCUUUGACCUCUUCGCCCCUGCCCCCGCCCCCGCUGUCCAGACCACCACCAUGACCGCCACACAGAGCCUGGCAUUCAGCAUGAGCACACAGCCCCCAAUGCUGGGUGAUCCUAUGGUUCCGAUGGGGAUGGGGAUGCCUGGCGUGGGGUCGGGGGGUCUGCAGGGUCCUAAAGCCGGCGCUGUUCCCUCCACCUGGUCCGACUCCAACCUCAACAUCAGCCUGGACCUCCUGAACCCCUCACCACAGAAACCCCAACAACCAACACUUAACAUGAUGCAGCAAGGUGUGCCGCAGCAGCCGUCUCCCGUAUCCAUGGUAACCCAGGGCUUCGGGGGCAUGAGCCUGGGCAUGCCGGCAGCUGCUCCCCAGCGGGCGCCUAGCAACGUCGGCAUGGGGAUGAUGCCCAACAACAACAUGGGCAUGAUGGGCAUGAACAUGGGUAUGGGGAUGCCUAGCAACAUGGGCAUGAACAUGGGCAUGGGGAUGGGGAUGCCUAGCAACAACAUGGGCGGCAUGGCCAUGGGCAUGGGCUUCCCUAGCAACAUGGGAGGAGGGAUGGGGGGCAUGGGCGCCAGUGCCACCGCUGCAGCCAAACCAGACGCCUUCGCUGACUUUGCCAACUUCAAAUGAGAGUGUGAGAGUGUGAGUUUGAAAGUGUGUGAAGGAGAGAGACAGAGCUGAGGCCUUGUGUUUGUGUGUGUUUGUGUGUGUGUGUGUGUGUGUGUGUCUGUGUGUGUGUGUGUGUGUCUGUGUGUCUGUGUGUCUGUGUGUCUGAGAAAGACAGAGAAAUGGGGCCUUGUGUGUGCACGCGUGCCUGUGUGUGUGCCUAUGUGCGUGUGUGUGUGUGUGUGUGUGUGUGUGUGUGUGUGUGUGUGUGUGUGUGUGUGUGUGUGUGUGUGUGUGUGUGUGCGUGUGUGUGUGCGUGUGUGUCUGAGAAAGACAGAGACAUGGGGCCUUGUGUGCGUGCAUGCGUGCGUGUGUGCGUGUGCUCUUGAGGGAGAAGCAGAGGAGGAGAAGAGUACUUGAAGAGUGAAACACAGCCAGCUGUUUAAUCAUGUACAGAAGAGUCUGGAGACUCACCAUCAGAAACACACACAGUACACACACCGUAAUCAGCAGGCAUGUGUGUGUGUGUUUGUUUCUGUGUAUCCGUGUGUGUCUGUAAUGAAGUAAUAAUAAUUAUUUUAAUGAUGUGAUUUAAGAAUGCAUGGAAAUCAUACAAUAUCAGAAGAAGAAAAAAAAACAAUCAAAGUCCACACCCCCUUCCCUAUUGUGUGUGUGCGUGUGUGUGUGGUGCAUGAGUGAGAAUGAGAGAUGACUAUGGAGAGAAGAGGGCUGGAGAGGGUGUAUUUAUCUGUCUGGUUGUCAUUGACGACAGCUGUGAGAGGAGGAGAGAAACAAUAGAUGAGGAGAAGGAGAGAGAGAGAGAGAGAGAAAACAGAGGAGAAGAGGAGAGAGGGAAAACCAGAGGAGAGAACUGAUAAAUGAGGAGAUGGAGAGAGAGUAAACAGAGGAGAAGAAGAGAAAGAGGGAGAUUUCUAUCUAUCCACACGUGGCCUUCAAAUGAGUGUUUUAUUUUUUUAAUACCAAGACGAGCAAGUUUCCUUCCUGUGUGUGUGUGCAUGUGUCUUUUCUACAAAGUUUUAUUCUGUAUAUGCGUGCAUGUGUGUGGGAGUGUGUGUGUGUGUAUGAACGAAAGUGGGAGAGCACUCAGAAAGCCUUACACUGCCGAAUGAGUGUGUGUAUGUGUGCGUGUGUUUGUGUGUAAGAGCGUGUACAGCGCUCUCUCAAGCCUUCCAGCCAAUCAUGGCGUCUUGUCUAAUCGACCAAAAUUCUGCCGGUCUGGGCCCCGCCCUGUCCAGCCCAGCCGUAGUCAUGGUUACUGAGAACACUAGAUUAUGCAAAUCUCAAGCCAGAAACAAAAACUCUCCAUGGAGACGGACGGGUACAUAACAGCUGACUAUCUGGUGUCUAUGGCGACUGUGGAACAGCUGAUUGUAGCUCAUCUCCAUCUCCAUGGUGACUGUGGAACAGCUGAUAGUACCUCGUCUCCAUGGGAACAGCUGAUUGUACCUCGUCUCCAUGGGAACAGCUGAUUGUACCUAAUCAUUUCUUUUGAGAUAUUAAAGAGAUCUGAGCACAUCUCAAA